UUCACAAUGAGCAACAACGACAACAGCGAGGACUUCGACGCGAUCUUGGACCCGCGUCUUGUGCAAGCGGUACGGAAGCGCGUUGUAUCGAGCCGCAAGGCAGACUUUAUCGAAGUACUCGGCUCGCACCUAUUGCGGGGUCGACUUCCGCUCUCCUCCCACUGCGACGUUGACACGGCGCAGGCCUUUCGAGACGCUGUGCGUGAAGACAUAAUGCUCAACGGGGUUCGGUUUGUCGGCGAUCACCGGACUGAAGCCUUUGUCGCGGCGGUCAAGCGCAUCGUUCAAAAGUUUUUGCCCAAGGACCAGUGCCUCGAGGCAUCCGACCGCAUCAUGCGACGCUGCAGCCGCACCCACAGCGGCACAGACUCGUACUUUGCGCUUCAGGAGCUCUUUGGCGCGACCGGGCUGCUGAUCAAGCCGCGACCGGGUGGCACACCGCCGCUCGACAUUCGCCUCGGCCGUGACAAGACGGGAAGUUACAAGUGCCGCAUUAGCGCGUCCAACCUCUAUGGUAUCUACCGUCACGACGACAUUGAGCAGCUCUUGACACACAACGAGCAUACGCUGGCGCCGCUUGUCGAGAUCGACACGGUCAUCGUCGAGGCCAUGUCAUUUGCAACGGGCGAAACGACGCGGACGCUGUCGCUGCGGACGCCCGAGCCGCAAGAGUAUCUCCACGCAGAAGUGCGAGAACUCUUUUAGAGCACGUCGAUAUAUUGGUUCUUGGACGAGGUAUGCUACAGUGGAGCAAGUGCAUUAAUGCAUUAAACGUUGCAAGGUGGAGA